AAAAAAUGAAUAAAACCUUGAGUUUGCUCUAUAGUCCAGAAACAUAUGAAAAAAUCAGAAAUAGCAAUAUCCUAAUAAUAGGAGUCGGAGGAAUAGGUUGUGAAUUGUUGAAAGUGUUGACAAACAGCGGCUAUCACAAGAUGACCAUAUUGGAUUUAGAUACAAUAGAGGCGACCAAUUUAAAUAGGUAAUUCUAUUUUAGAAAGGAACACGUUGGCAUGAGCAAGGUUAUAGAAUACAAUAUAGUAGGCAUUGGUAGGCAAAGAGAGCGUGAUGAAGAAGCAUCCAGAUCUGGAUAUUACUGCAAUUCAUGGAUCAAUAUUUGAUGGUAUGUAUAAUAGGUAAAGUCUAGAAAAAUAUGAUGUUGAGUUUUACACUCAAUUCGACUUUGUCCUAUGUGCUUUGGACAAUGCGUAAGCCAGAGAACAUUUGGGAAGGAUGUGUUUAAAAAGUAAUAGAAUUUUGGUGGAUGCAGGGACUGGUGGAUUCAGUGGUCAAGCUAAUGUGAUUAAAAGAUGUAUAUAAUCAUCAGAAUCAUUAUAGUUUCUUAUCAAUGCAACAACUGUCAGCCUUCAAAAGGAGCUGCUCAAUAUGCUGUUUGCACUAUCAGAGCAAGUCCAUCAUAGCCAGUCCAUUGUGUUACUUACGCUAUGGCCUUGUACAAUCUGUUGUUCGGACCUUUGGAUGAAUCGAAUGUCUUGGCUGGUUUAUUGGAUUUGGCUCAAUUCCACUCCUGCGAUAAGACUGAUGAAUAGCUAUUGUAAAGUUUGGCAAUAAAGACAUUCGAUAAGUUGUUUUACGAAGAUAUUAAGCAAGGAAUCAAGGGAUUUGUGAAAGAUGAGGAGGCUAAUGCUAUUAAUUAACAUAAAUAUCCAAUAUCUUAUGAAGAUGGAAUGAAAGAUACCCAUGUUUACACUACAGUUGAUCAAUCGAAAAUAGAGGUGGAUGAUGAUAAAGGUAAAUGAUGAAAUUGAUUUGUUUAGUUUAACCAUUUAGUUAUUAUGUAGAUUUAUUUGUAAAGAUGUUUGUUAAGAUCCUGCAGACUCCUGGUGUAGGCUCAUUCAAAUUUGACAAAGACGAUUGGGAUAGUGUGAGAUUUGCUGCAGCCACAACCAAUAUUAGAACAUAUAAUUUUACUAAGAAAUUCAAAGAUAUUGAUCCAAGAUUGAUUGAAGGAGAUAAAAUGAAAUAUUUGAGUGUCAAUGAAGUCAGACAAAUUGGAGGAAAGAUUAUUCCUGCUAUUGCAAGUACAAAUGCUAUUGCUGCUGCUAUUUAAGUGUCUGAAAGUAAGAAAGUGUUGGAAGAGAAUUGGGAUCAAUUAAGAAUGAAUUGGAUUCAACCUACCUAUGAUAAAAUUGCUCCCACUUAUCUUCCAGAACCCUAUCCAACUUGUAAUCAUUGCAGUCCAAGAAAUGUUUAUCUCCACAUGUAUUGCAAUUUUGAUACAACAAUAUUUGGAACAAUAGUUGAGUUGGCCAAAAGUUUCGGUUUGAAUGACUAUGACAUUUAUGGACAAUCAGGAACAGUUUAUGGAUUACAUAAUAAAGUAUUGAAGAAAGAUGGGGCCAAUGAAAGGAUCUACAAAAAAUUGCUUUCUUAAUUCUAUUAAAGAGAUACUCCAUAUGCCAACAUGAUAUUCUCUGUCUUUGAACACUCUCCAGGUAAAAAGUACUAUUGGCAACUUAACUGCAAAUUGGAGUUGAUCAUUAUGCACAGGGCUGAAGUUUAAGUGCCUCAGAUUUCAAAAACAACAAAACUGGAGACUGCAUUAGAAUAAUUGAAGCAGCUCAAAAUAUCAAAACAUAAAGAACUUUGCGAGGCUAGAAUGGAAAAUUUAGACAGGUAUUCAUUUUGAAAUGAGAAAUUAUUUU